AGCGUGUGGUAGGGGCUAGGGCUUCUUGUAGCUGCUGCCACUCCGUCUGCAACCUCUCGAGCUUCCGCCAGAGCCGCGCAACGCCUACUCGGCUCUUGCAGGUAUAUGCUUCAGAAAUCAGUGAAUUGGCCUAGUACUUGUUUCGUUUUCUCCAGCCUUUGGAACGAGCUUUUUUGAAAGUUACAAAGCAAUGAGGCAAGAAGAAGUGGAUCGAUGCCAGAUUCAAGAGUGGUAUCCUAAAUUCAAGUUGGUGUCCAUCAAAACGCAUGUUCAUCGGCUUCCGGAGUCCUUCGUUGAGUACCUUCUUGGUGACACUGGACCAUUUGUUCUACCAAAUUCUGUCACAGGUGAAGAUGCCCUUCCCAACAGGGUCUGUAAUCUUGUGGACGAAGAUUAUCUUGCAGUUUCAGAAGAAUCUGGAGAUGAAUCCGAGGAAUUCCCACCUCCUUCUUUUCCAGAACUCGAGUUGGAGGUCAAAGAGUCAAUUGAAUCGCUCGGGGGUGCCAUUUUCCCUAAGCUGAACUGGAGCUCGCCAAAAGAUGCUGCUUGGAUUAGUGGUAGUGGGAAUCUUCGGUGCACGUCGCUUAGUGAGAUCGCGCUCCUGCUACGCGCAUCCGAUUCAUCGACCCACGAUCUCUGUCAUGCGUAUGAUUCUUGCAGCAACAAGUCCUUGUCGAGGCCACAGAGCUUUUUCCUUGCUCUACGGAAGUGGCAGCCGGCGCUUCGACCAGAGAUGGAAUUCCGUUGUUUUGUAAGGAACAAGCUUCUGGUUGGCAUUUGCCAACGUGAGGUUACCACAUUUUACCCGGUCCUCCUCGAGAAGAAGGAGCACCUUAAGGUUUUGAUCGAGGAUUUCUUUGAAAGUGAAGUGCGUCCGAACUUUGAAUCGGAUAACUACGCGUUUGAUGUUUAUGUCACCAAGGAUGGGAGGGUUAAGGUACUGGAUUUCAACCCUUGGGGGGUGUUUACGCUGCCACUCCUCUUUUCAUGGGACGAACUGAGCGAAAGGGACGAUGAAGAGGUGGAUUUCAGAAUUGUAGAGAGUCGGUGCGCGGUCCGACCAGGUUUGAAAACGGCUGUGCCGUACGAUUACUUAGAUACAAGUCCUGGGAGCGGUUGGGACCAGUUCCUGAGAAAUGCUGAUGAGGAGAUAAGGAAACAAGCUAAGGAGUCUCCAGAAGCGGGCGCUUAGCGAUCGAAUUUCGAUCAGUUUGAAUGCACAGACGAUAACCCUAUUGCUCCUUCCUAGGCAUGUUUUCUGUGAUUCCCUGAGGUUUGAAGUCGUUCCUUUUCGUGUUCUUGUUCUGAUAUUGUAAAUUCUUCUCUGUUGCUUCCUCCUCGGAAAGGACAUGU